UAGGUCCGCUUUGGGAAAUAUCCAACACCAGCUCUACAAACAACUAAAAUUCCAGCGAAUUUGGAUAGGAAUAGGGAGAGUGUGUAUGGGUGAGGAACUGGACCUGAGGGGUGUUGAACCCCAGCAGGCAAUCUGAGCAGAAAACAAGACUGCUGAUCCCUGGAGAAAGCAAGUUGUUUCGACUCUCAGCCAACCUUUGAAGAUUACAGACAGGUGUAGACGCUUGAUGACUUCUGGGAACAGUCCCCCAGAGGGACCAGUGGAAACAUCUUUUCCACCGUGUGUCCUGCAUCAAUGUGCAGGUAAAUUCAAUACUUCUGGAAAUAAUUCUGAUAUGAUGAAAAAUAGCAAGGAAGGGGAAACUAAAGCCUCAGAAAAGUCUGUAGCAUUGAGAGUGUCACAAUCGAAGAGGAAACCUUCAACUGUGACACAAUAUGUAGAAUCCAGUAACGAAAAACCUAUGGCAGAGAAUAUACAUGUAAAAGCUACUCACGGGAAUUCUGAAAAUAAUACUUUUAUGCCAAAUUCACCAAAAGUUACAGUGGUCGAACAACCGUACCCAUUGCUGAAUGAAGACAGAAAUGAUUUUAACGGGACUGAGUUUAGAAGCAAAAGUAAAACGAAAAUGGACAGCUUUAAUAAACACAGCUUCAGAUAUAAUGGGGCCGUGAGCUGUACGGCUUGUGGACAACAGGUCAAUCAUUUUCUAAAAGGUUCCUUGUAUAGACACCCUUCCCUGAAAGUCCUUAUCUGUAGGAACUGCUUUAAGUAUUACAUGAGUGGUAAUAUUAGCUGCGACUCCGAUGGUCUGGAUGAACAAUGUAGGUGGUGUGCCGAAGGUGGGAACUUGAUUUGUUGCGACUUUUGCCAUAAUGCCUUCUGUAAGAAAUGCAUCCGGUACAACCUUGGUCGGAAAGAGUUAUCUACAAUAAUGGAAGAAAAAAAUCAAUGGCAUUGCUACAUUUGUGACCCAGCACCUCUACUAAAGUUGGUCACUGCAUGUGACAGAAUAUUUGAGAGUUUAGAACAGUUGUUGCAAAAAAAUAAUAAGAGAGAAGUUGUCAGUGAAAAAAGUAGUAACCGUACACAUACAUUUUCAGCAAAGAAGAAUAAUUUCAGUUAUAAUGGAGAAAAAACAAAAUUAGUUGAGUCGUGCUCUGGUUCUGUAGUCUGCACUUACUCAGCACUAAUAGUAUCCAAAAAGAUGCUUAAGAAGACAAAAAAACUGAUUGACACAACAUCUAACACAAACUCUAGUUAUAUUAACUUUCUAAAGCAGGCAGCAGAUAAUUCAGAAAUGACUUCUGUUAUGAAGUUAUAUAAGCUUAAGUCUUUUCAAUCUGUGUUAGCUGCUAUCAAAAAGGCUCAUCUUGCAUUAGAAGAUGACUUGAAUUCAGAGAUUCAAGCUUUGGAUGCUGUAAGCAAAAAGAGUUGUACCAAAGAGCUUAAAAUCAGAAAUACUAAACUGGAAACAAAAAUUUACAAAAGGGGGAAAUCCUGUCCUUCUGAAGAGAAAAGUGCUUUAAAGCUGGAUGCUAGACAAACAAUAAAGAACACAGUCAGUGAGCACUUCCCAGUAGAGAAACAGGAAGUAAAUAACAAUGGUGACCAGAAGGGAUUGAGUAGGGAAGAUGGGCCUCAAUACAAUUGGACUAAUGCUUCUGAAAACUUAGACAUGGAUAUUGUGCAUGUUUAUUCUUCAGGUUCAGAAGAUAUUUUUGAGAACCUUGAGAUUCCUAUGGGAGCUCAGAGUUCACCUGAUUAUCAAGGAGAUGGCAACAAUGGGACUGAGCUGGAACUGAAGAACUCACCUCUAAAAUUAAAAACUUCUUCAAAAUACAGCAGAAGAAAUAUUAAGUCAAAAAUUACAGCAAAAUUAAGCAAAGAAUUAUAUGUUAAACUCACUCCAAUUUCCCUUUGCAAUUACCCAAGAAAAGGUGCUGACUGUCAGGAAGUUCUACAAGAGAAAGAUGUCAGUAAGAGUUCUAGUCCAGCCCCCUUUUCAGAGAAAUGUGGAGCUAAAGAAGAAAGUAAUGAGGAUGAACAAUUGGCUGAAAAUAAUGUUCCAAUACUCUUAGAAGAAGCUGAUCUUCAAAGAUCUCUACAAGUGAAAACCAAGCACUCGAGUCAACAGGUGGAAGCCAAAUCUUCCAUAUCAAAUUCAGAUAAAGAAAGUAAUGAAACAGUUAAAGAGAAACAAAAGCUGUCAGUUCUGGUAAGAAAAAAGAAUAAGCAAAAUUCUGCUACUGCUGUUGAUACCCCUACACUUUGUAAAGUGCCCAAAACUAAACAAGCAAGGAUUGUUGAUCAAAGUUCAGAUUCUGAUGAAAUGCUAGCAGUCUUCACAGAGUUAAGCCAGAUGGGUCUCUCUUCUUUAGACACCAGCAGUAAUCAAAUACAGAUAAUUCAUAAAAUUCCAAUAGGAAGAAAUACUAAUGCAAAUAGGAAAUGGAAAGGUCCUACUUCCAGCUCAGAUUUUGGUAUUAAAAAAGGAAAUCCAUCUAAAAUUUCUAUAUUCUCUAUGAAUAAAUAUCAAAAUUACUCUGAGUCUUCAAAUAGUGACUCAGAUUUACGAAGAGAAGUAAAGAACAUGAGUAAAAUCAGGACUGACAGAGUAGCCAAAAAAAGUGUUUUAUAUAAAAAUAAGCAUGAUGUUUCUAAAGAUCAAAAACAGAGCGAAAUAGCAGUGGAUAGUAAAAUGCUAGACAGGGUGAACACUACACAUGAGGGACCAUCUGAUGACACUGAAAGGAGUCAGGGAAGGAAUUUCUUUUCUACAGCAGAAGAUCCAGUCAAGAAACGCAAGAAUGUGAUGGAAUUGGCAGAUACACUCUGUAAGAGACAACUGCGAAGUAUUUCCUUGACUAGUACAGAAAAGCCUUCUUGGAGAGAGGAGAAUGUAAAGUCUCUUGAAGUUAAAACAGUUGCUAAAACUAAAAAGAUUAAACAUAUGAAAAUAAAAACAUGUAAAAUUGUGAAAAGUGGUUUAUUUGCUGUUGCUGAUAAAUAUCCAAGGAAAGAGCAAAGUGAUGAAUCUUCAGAAGAGGAUAAGCAGCAGAGAAUAAAGGGAACUGAAGUACAAAGAAAGAAAACUGCAUACUUGAUGGAAGAAACAGACAAGAUGAGAGAACAAUGUGAGUCUUCAUCAGAUGGUAUCAAGAGUUUCCUUGAAAGAGAAGAAAAUGUUUAUUUCCUUAAAGGAAUAAAACAAAAUGAGAACACAAUUGAUGGAGUAAAGAAAGGUAAAAUAAUAAAAAAUAAAGGUAAGGAAAAGUCACCUGGUAGUGGUGAGAAGUUGCCAGGGAAAAGAGAUAGGUUUGACUCAUCAGAAGAUAAAAAGAAUAUGCAUAGAGUUUAUGGUAGAGAGAAGAAAAAAUGCAGUUCUUUGGAAAAUAGUUCAAGGAAGAGGCCAGAGUGCUUGUCAACUGAUAAUGAAGAUAAUUUGUUCAAAGGAGAGUGUUGUGAUUCUCCCACUAAGAGACUAAAAACAAUUGAGCUGAGAGAAAGGAGAAAUUUAAAUUCAAAGAUAAAUGUCAAGGAAACACAAAGUGGUUUAUCAUCUUCUGAUGCUGAAGAAAGUUCAGAAGAUAGCAAAAAGCAAAAGAAACAAAGAAAGUCAGCCCAGAAGCAGACAGGCAAUGCCAAGGAGAAAAAACAAAACUCCUUAGUAACAAUUUCUAAAUGGAUGCCAGCAGACAUCACUUCUUCAUCUCCGGAUAAUGGAGAAGAUGAUUACUCUUCUGUAAGUGAGGGAAGAAGAGAUGAACAGAAGAUAAAGCCUUUAACUGAAAAUGUAAUGCUGCCUUCUCAAAUUAGAUUUUGUCAGUCUUCAAGAGAUGAUGUGUUGCCUAGAUCAGUGCCUUUCAUAGAAGUUAAUGAUGACAGUGACAGUGAUCCUGAGAAUAGAAUUGCUAAGAAAAUGCUUUUAGAAGAAAUUAGAGCAAGUCUUUUCAUGGAUGAGGACAGUUCUUCAAAUGAUGAAUCAUAACAAGAAAAGAAAUGGAUGCACUAGACAAGAUGAAGAAAACCUGGGAGACAAGGAUGCCCCAAAUCAAAUCAAUUCUGAAUCAGAUUUCGGAUUUUGAAAAAUUUAAGAAGCUAGAACACAGACAAAGACUUUUGAACUACAAACUGACCAUGAGAAAUGGAAAAUCUGGAAAAGAAAAGUACAAUGUCUAAAGAGCAUGAAGAAGCCAACGGCAGAAAUGAAAGGAAGAUGAGCAUUGAGGAUUCAGAAUACACUAAUCUUCAAGAACUUGUUAUUGGGGAAGUCAAUGAAUCUGAGGAUGAACGGCAACCUAGAACAAAGUCUGCACAGAAAGUAGAAUUAGAAAAAUAGCAGUGAGAUUACCAACAGAAAGGUACAAGUGGACUCCCCUAGUAAAAAGGAGCAACCUUCCGAAGAAAGAAAGGAGAAGGAAACUGAAGGAGAGUGCGUAAAAGAUGGAUCUACGCAGCCUGGAAAAGGCAGAAUGGAAAUUUGGAAGGUUUUUAAAGUUGAUAAACUAAGAGCAGAAAAAAAAAUCCAUGAUAGCAUUUUCACAUAAAAUUAAUUUUUUGUUCUUUUCUGAUGUGUCCUCUACCCUGUCCCUCUUCUGCAUGUACCUUUAUACUUUCAUGUCACCUACUUUAUUUUGCCCUCCUAUCUUCUCUAGCACUUUUAUUAUUUAUUUAUUAAGUUUAUAAUAGAAUUAAAUCAUUCUAAUUCUUUCCUACCUCCAUACCCUUUCAAGUACAACUCCUUGCUGUCUUCUAAAUACUUGCUUUAUUAAAAAUUGUUAUUUCACAUAUUCAUGUAUUAACACACACUUAUAAGUUACUCCAUUUAUAUAGUGUUGUUUGUAUUUGUGUUUUCAGGACUAAUCACUUGAUAUUUGAUAACCAAUUGAUGUGAUUUUUCCUUCAGGAAAUAAAACUAUUUCUCCAACCUUCUGUA